CCUAUUUAAAGCCAUACCACACCAACCCUGGGGGAAGGUGUCCACAUCGGCGAGGGAAGGCGGUGAUGGAGUGGUGGCAGCGGAUGUUGGUGCCGGUGAAGCGAGCGCUCGUCGCCGUCGCCGUCGCCGCCCACAUGAGGGCCCGGAAAGACGAAGGUGGGAUUCUAAAGCUUCACAACGAUGUCCAGAGUUGUGGGUAUCGAGAUGUCCAGGUGAUGUGGGAGAUACUGCAAGGAUCGGAUCUGGAGCUGUCUCAUUCUCCGGAGUCCAGGACGGAAGCAACCGGUCAGGAGGGUGUUGGUGUAGGCGGGCCGGACCCAAUCGCAUGGCCCCAUCAACAACUGCGGCGUUGAACCAUGCACCAAGGGAGCUUAGGCAAGCUGUAAUCCAGCAGCUUGGCGACCUGAAAUAAGACCGGAUACCCCAGUCUAUGGUCGUCCUCAAUUUUCAUAUGUACAUGCUAUUAGCUACCUAGCAUAAUAAAAAUAAGAAGGGUGGAAUUAAACAAGAG